UGAUCUGGUAUCCAGCGAAAGAAAAUGAAGAAGUAGUCCCGUGUGCGAGACUAUGCAGUGGAGUAUGACAAUGAUAAUGCAUGCGAGCGCAAGAAGAUCAAUGCAAAAAAUAAGAAUAACAACAAUACCGAUGCAUGAGAAGAACAAGAAGUCUACUUCCACUUCGCUUAGAGAAACAAACGACAGGGCUCUUUGCAUAAACGCAGUAUUUCAACAGAUGGCGCGUAUGCCCUCAUACAUAUUAUGUAUGUGUCCUGCCUUGUCCGAUAUUAUGUCAUAAUAUCGGACAAGGCAGGACAAUGAAAGAGUUCGUUUGCUGUGACAGCGCGGAAGUGCGCGCAAAUCUAUGUCUAUCACCCUUGUAGCACUAUUUCUUUGUUGUAUGCUCUUGCUCGUCUCCAGACGAGGAACGCAUUCGCACAUUCUUUCGUGCGAUACGUAGACGCCCUAGUGCAACGCAUUCGGACGAACAAGAUUACCAAGAGUAACGGCAAGGCCCAGCAAAAAGAAGGGAACACGCAGACAGGUGUCGAUAGCACGCGGUUUGUCCCGAAGUUUCGUCCAGUUGCAGGGCAGGAUCAGAUGAAAGCGUGUGCGUGAAUGUCUCGGGGGGCACAGGUUCGGGACGUUCGUAGCGAAAUAAGAACUCAUUUUUCAGGGACCUCAAUUCUGCGAUCGGAAACGUUUGCGGGCUGACAGCCUCUGAGAACUCGUGGAGAACCGCCCGACUGCACGCGGUGUUGCCCUAAUAGUUUUGGUUUUGCUUCCAUUUCGUUUUUCGGUCGGUGGAUGCUUCAAAAUGUCAACAGUUUAAUGAUGCCUGUGCCUGCUCGUGGUGAAAGAUCGUUCUUCUGCUGCAGCGUUGCGCUUGCAGCCGGAACGAAGUUGUUGAUCGAGCAUCUUCGUGCAUGGGGACGGCAGUGUUUAACGGUUGCGCGAAUACGAGGACAACUGUACUACAACUUACAUCGAUCAUCACUUGUGUACCAGAGCAAAAAACCCAUUGUUACUGCAGGUUUGACUAGUGCCACAUAUUUCAAGUCUCCUUUUGGCUGCUCAGUUUGGCAGACAAAGACACUUUUGGUACGCAUGGAAUUGCUAACUAGCAGUGCGAAAAACUGAAUAUCGCAUGCCUCCAGCGGAUCCUCUUACCUCAACGACAACGGUCGAUAGACAGUCGCGGGCUAGGUACCUUGAACUUUGUGGCGCGAGAUGCGGGCUUUCUCCCUCUGCAGUGGCGAUAGCUUUUUACGCGGCAACCGUAAGCCUGUGAAAAGUAUUUCGCUCACGAGCUGCAGCAUGAAAAUGCCGCCGGUACAGAAGGAUUAGCAAUGCAGAGCUCUAUCAUGGCUUGGCAGCGGUCUGCUGUGAGGCAGCUUUCAGUAUGUCUAUGUGCAGGUCUAUGUCAGAUGCGAUGCAGUUCAAUUGUUGAUCUCGUUGACGUUUAGGUGCACACGCACAGUUAAUUAAAAGCACAUGCGCAUCGUGGAGCGCUAGUGCGGCUGCAUAAGAUGCGCCCUCUACUUUUUUUCAAGUUUUUGUUGUAAUGUUCAUCACCCACCUGAAGCUGAAGCUGCGGCUGCCUUCCUACUUCGUUACUCGUAAACGCAAUCACUUUGCAUGUGGCGAUGCUUGCU